ACAUCUAUGGGCCGUAAACGGUGGUGGCGUGGAGGCUCGGAGCUGAUGCUGCUCUUCAUCCUCCAUCACGUUAUUCUUGGUGACGGCGAUGUCGGCUGCCUCUUCAGCAAGAGCCUCUGCGAUCCUCGCACGGAAACGUGUUACAAUGAUCUGGCGUUUGGCAGAUGUUUACCAUUGUACACCGAUCUGAACGACGGGGAAUAUUAUAAAUACAACUUCAACGUCGACGAACUGGAGCUACUAAGACUGCAACUGGAGAGACUGCAAAUCGAUGGAUACAAAUGGUCUCAUCCCUAUACACAAUGUAUCAUGCAAACCUCCUUGUACAAUUUACGCCACGGGGAAAAUUACGAUCUUCGACUCUGUCAACAUUUGAAGCAACGCACGCGUUUCGAAAACAAAAAUGAACUCGACCAGGCUAGAGCACCAACAAUAGCCAUAGUGAAAUUCACGCCCAACAACAGCAAGUUCAACAGCCAAUUCGCGAACGAACUCUACUAUCCUCCUGGCACGAGAAACCAGUACUUCCGCGAAUCUCUCUACAACGACGAGUUCUCUCGAACACCGUACAAGGAAGAACCCAGAGAAACGAACACCCAAUACUACAGGCCAAGGUACAACCCGAACACUUACAACGAAUACGAAUCACUGGCGAACGAAGAGAGCUACGACGAAAGUAAUUCACGUCAGAGACCAUCAUCAACUUAUGAUGAAGGAAUCAACGAGAGACUGUAUCGAACCAGACGACAACCGUACAAUCUUCGUGACUACGACGACGCGAUAGAAUCGAUAAAAACAGCCUUGGACAAUGAGGAAGAAUUAUCGAAGAAGUACUCUGAAAAUGAAAAUGUUGACAACAUAGAUACCCUAACCGCCGACGAAUUGGAAUACCUGGUGAACGAUAAAUCCGACGAUUAUGCCAAUAGCCAGAAGGAUAAAGGAGAAGAGGAUAAUCUCGAUGUUGAAUAUGAGAAGGAGUUCUCGAGAAAGUAUAAACCUAGGAAAUUCGAACUUCCCGACAAGGAUUCUUUUAUCCUGGCAAAUGUGAAACGUAACUCUAAGAACGAUUAUGACAGUGACGAUUACGAUGACGUGAAUGACGAUGAAUUACCUCAGGAGGACAGCUCGUCGAUAGAGAAUGGGAUUUACACAGAAGGAGGUCUAGUUCAGGCUACUAAUGACAAAUCUAACUCUGACACUGAUGAUGAAACUGCGUACGACACUUUAUUCGACGACGAUUUAAGCGAAAUUCUCUGGAGGCGAGGAUUGGCAGGUUUUAAACGACGAGAACGCUUGGACGUGAAGAAACCAGGACCUCCGUUUUCAACGAACAACUACGCGUUCAAAACUCCAUCCCCAUCCAGUAAAUUAUCUUCACCUAUAUCACGUUAUAUUUAUAAUUAUUUUCAACGUGUAUUAAUGUUAAAUAUUUUUGCAGAUGUGGAAAAUGAGAAUAGUUCUGAUUCUAUCGAAAACGGGCAAGAUAAUGACGUACUAUUUACACCGUACGUGAAAAAGGAAGCACCUGCACAGCAAACAGAAGGUUCAAAAACGUACAACAAUGUCGAUUUGGAUCACGUUUACGUGGAGUUUCAGCAACAAUUUCACACAUGGUCGGAAGGGGAACACGUUGUCACAGAGGUGGGCAAAUUAUUGGGACUAACACCUGGAUCGUUGAAGGAUAUUCGAGUUGGUCGGGCGGAGGUGACGUUCAAAGUGGUGAAAAACAAUAAAAGUUAUAACGCUACCGAUGUCGUUGAUAAAAUAGAUGACAUACGUGGAAAAUUGAAAGAGACUCUGGGUGUCGAGGUGAUUCGUGCAGGCAUAGGUGACAAGACCAAACUACCCGCAACGCUGGAGGUCAACAAGAAAUCCGAGAUGAGCUCGAGCAUGUUUGGAGCGAUAAUUGCUGCAGGAGUGGUGGCUGCCGGUGCAGCUGCAGUAGUGACGUUGAUAAUCGCUCGUCGACACGCGAAAGCUCGGGCCAAAUUGGCAGGAUUGAAUACACCUGAUCCAGAAAUCUCGAAGGACUAUCAGGCCUUGUGCAGAGCAAGAAUGCAUGCUAAACAACCGACGGACAAACCGGAAUCACUGCGAAUUACCAACCUUAGCCGCGAAAGCGAGACGAGUAAUGCACCCUCGAAUCGAUCCAGCACAUCCUCUUGGGGAGAGGAAACAGCAGCUGCUUCGAAUAUGGACAUAGCAACAGGGCAAAUGGUUCUAAGUUAUAUGGAGGAUCAUUUGAAGAAUAAAGAUCGAUUAGAUCAAGAAUGGGCGGCAUUAUGCGCGUACGAAGUGGAUCCUUGUUCGACGGAAACCGCAGAAAGCGAAGCGAAUGCUGCAUGUAAUCGUCCUGGCGCAGCCCUUCCCUAUGAUCAUUCAAGGGUGAUUCUAAACGACCUCGCUAAUGCCAAUCAUUCCGACUAUAUUAACGCAUCUACGAUCACGGAUCAUGAUCCACGGAAUCCAGCUUACAUCGCCACGCAAGGACCACUACCGCAAACGGCGGCAGAUUUUUGGCAACUUGUUUGGGAACAAGGCAGCGUUGUAAUUGUGAUGCUAACUAGACUCACCGAAGAAGGUGUUGGUAUGUGUCAUCGUUAUUGGCCUGAGGAAGGAUCAGAAUUGUAUCACAUGUAUGAGGUGCACCUUGUCUCCGAGCAUUUCUGGUGUGAUGACUAUUUGGUGCGUUCCUUCUACUUGAAAAAUCAACGUACCGGUGAAACGAGGACUGUAACACAGUUCCACUUCCUGUCCUGGCCUGAAAACGGUGUGCCACAAUCUAUCAAGGCUCUUCUUGAAUUCCGCCGAAAAAUUAAUAAGUCCUACAAAGGCAGGUCAUGCCCUAUAGUUGUGCAUUGCAGUGAUGGUGCUGGCCGUACUGGUACAUACUGUUUAAUCGACAUGGUUCUAAAUCGUAUGAUGAAAGGAGCCAAAGAAAUUGACAUUGCAGCUACAUUAGAACAUAUAAGAGAUCAAAGGCCCGAUAUGGUUGCAACAAAACAACAAUUUAAAUUCGUUCUGACGGCUGUCGCGGAAGAAGUACACGCAGUUCUGAAGGCUUUACCCGUACCCCCCGCAGAAAAAUCUCCUCUCCCUGAAAAUAGUACUUCGACGAAGGAAGGCCAGUAAGAUUUGACACAAAUUCGGAAUUGCAGUCGCGGCGAGCAGAGGCAAAGUAUUAAUUGCAGUCUACGCAAAGAAACAUGGCCAAAUAUUUCUAGUCGACCGUAAUCGUAUUACAAGCGUAAAAUUGCUAUUAAAUCUUUUAUUUCCUAUAACUUUCUUCUUCUAAGUACUUUGGACAU